AUGACGAACUAUGAAUACAGUCAAGGUGGGAGGAUUUGGCUACUCUGGAGAGAUUCUGUGAGAAUGACUCCAGUUUACAAGUCGGAUCAGUUUAUUACAUGCUCGGUGGGUUUGCAAAAUGAAGAAGAAUUUUUCUGUACUUUCAUUUAUGCAAGCAAUGCGGUUGAGGAAAGGAAGUUAUUAUGGGAAGAUCUUUAUGACCAUCACUCAUCUCCGAUGUUUAAAGAUAAAGCUUGGGUGUUAAUGGGUGAUUAUAUGGGUUAUCAGGGUCCGCUCUAUAUGUGGUGUAACAAGAGGGAGGAAGGUUUAAUUUGCAAGAAGCUGGAGAGAGUCCUAAUGAAUGGAGUUGCAUUGAACAGGUUUCCGAAUGGGUUUGCUACUUUCGAACCGGGGGGCUGCUCUGAUCAUCUGAGAUGUAAAAUUCAGUUGCUGCCACCAGUUGAGAAAAUAAGGAAGCCAUUUAAAUAUGUGAAUGUUAUUGGAAGUUUGCCAAAUUUCAUUCCUAUGCUAAGGGAGUACUGGGAGUCGACUGAGCUGGGUAGAGAGAAGCUGGGGAAUUUGACAAAGAGAGCUCAAGAAGCCUAUGAUAUACUUUGUGAGAAGCAGAAAAAUACAAUGGCUCAAGCUACAGAUGUGAGUGUUCAUGAGGAAGCAGAAGCUUACGAGAAGUGGAUGUAUGUUGCUGGUUUGGAAGAAGAUCAUCUCAAGAAAAAAGCUAAAUUGCAUUGGUUGGAAGUGGGAUACCUUAAUAAUAAGACGUUUCACAGCUCUAUUCGAGCUCGGAAAGCACAGAAUGCCAUUAGAGAAAUCAGAUGUUCCAAUGGCAGGAGAGUAGUAACUCAUGGGGAGAUUAAAGAGGAGGCAGAAAAGCAUUUUUCGGAGUUUCUAAAUCAGUGUCCUGUAGAUUAUCAAGGCGCGACUGUGGAAGAGCUUAAAGAGCUACUGCAGUAUCGAUGUUCUGAUGAGGAUGGAAGACUGUUGGAUGCAGAAGUCAUUGUUUGGCCAGUUGUUGGACAUGAUUUUAUAGUAGCUGUUCAGUCAGUCUUCAGGUUCAGUUUUCUACCGAAAGGUGUAAACUCUACUAUCCUUGCAUUAGUCCCGAAGAAAGAAGAUUCAUUGGAGAUGAAUGAUUUUAGGCCUAUAGCCUGCUGUAAUGUGCUAUAUAAGGUGGUCUCAAAGAUACUGGCUAAUAGGUUGAAGAGGAUUCUACCUAAGAUAAUAGCUGAGAACCAAUCUGCGUUUAUCGAGGGGCGUUUAUUAAUGGAGAAUGUUCUGCUGGCUUCAGAGUUAGUGAAAGACUAUCAUAAGGAUUUGGGCUCGCCAAGGGGAGUGAUGAAAAUAGAUAUUUCUAAAGCCUUUGACUCAGUUCAAUGGGACUUUGUGUUGAAGAGUUUAGAAGCAUUGGGAAUCCCGGAGAAGUUUAUUGAUAGUGCAGCAGCGGCAAGGGCGUUCAAGUACCAUCCUCGUUGUAAGUCACUAGCCCUUACCCACUUGUGCUUUGCGGAUGAUCUGAUGGUGUUUGUGGAAGGCUCUAAAGAAUCAGUUCAAGGAGCGCUAUCAGUAUUUGAUGAGUUUGCAAAGUGGUCGGGUUUGAAGAUAAGCAUUGAGAAGUCUACGCUAUAUCUAUCAGGGGUUUCUGAGUUAGAAAAGAGUAGAAUCUUAUCCAAUUUUCCUUUUACUAGGGUCUAUCUUCUUCCUAGUGAAUGUAUAAAAGAGAUAGAACGGGUUUGUGGUGCUUUUCUUUGGUCGGGCCCGGAACUAAAAGCUACAGGAGCUAAGGUAGCUUGGAGUGGGGUAUGUGGGGAGAAGGAGGAAGGAGGAUUGGGUAUCAGAGAGCUUAAUAUUGUCAACAAAGUAAAUAUUCUUAAGAUCAUAUGGAGGUUCCUUUCGGGUUCUUCAUUAUGGGGAAAAUGGGUAAAGAGUAACUUGCUAAAGCAGAAGAAUUUCUGGGAAAUAAAGGAGGAAACUCAGUCUGGAAAAGGAAUUUUAAUCAAUUUGUUGGGAGAGAGGGACAUUGUAGAUAUGGGCAUAAAAAGAGAGGCCACAGUAGAGGAAGCUCUCAUGAGGGAUAAAAGAAGAAGAAGCUAUCGUUUGAGGGUGUUAAAUGAGGUUGAGACAGAAAUGGAGGUUCAAAGAAAGAAGUUGAGAGUGGAUGCUGAGGAUGUUUGGGAGUAUCUAACGAAAGGGAUAUUGCUCAGUGAUUAUACAAAUGUCUGGGCGAACAUUUUGGAGGUCAUUUCUGAUGAAAGUAUGGAGGAGAAGAAGAGGUUCUGUUUGAGAUAUGCUCUGCAGUCUGCGUUGCAUGUUAUAUGGAGGGAGAGAAAUACGAUAAAGCAUGAAGAGAAGCCAAUGCCAGUUGGAGCUGUCAUGAAAAUGGUAGAGAAAUGUGUAAGGAACAAGCUGAGUGUGAUGAAGUCAAAAGGGGCAAAAGGGUGGGAGAAUGGUUUACAGUUUUGGUUUAGUACUAGACUUUAA